CUAAGACCGUUACAGAUAUACGCUUGAAACUGUUAGGGGUUCCUGUUCUGUGCUCCUAGCGUAAUUUUUGUGUGACCAACAAGAGUAGCCUCGGCUAACCGUUGUGCGGUUCCCCAAUUUUCUAGCAGUUUUCGCAAUGACUACGCAAAUGGUAUCCGCUGCCGCGAGGAUACGACCGCACCUGUCUUUGGCCCGGAUAGCCUUCUCUUCCCCUGGGUCAUUACCACUUUAUGUCAGAGAAUUGGGCACACCAAGCACUGCUGUUUACAGUUGUAAUUGUCCAUCAUUGCGCUUUUACCAAAAUAAUUCGUCAGCUGUUCCCGGUGGAGACUGGAUUCACUUGAAUGGGAUGCGUUUCCAUGGUCGACAUGGUGUGCUCACAGAGGAGACGCGGUUGGGCCAAACAUUUGUUGUGGACGUACGGCUGCAAGUGGACACCGAAAGGGCUGGUGUCAGCGAUGAGCUAGAAGACACCGUCAACUAUGCGGCCGUAUACGGCAGCAUUAGGGGCGUGGUGGAGGGCCCUCCCUGCAAGCUGCUGGAGGCGGUGGCGCACCGGGCGUGCAACCUGGUGCUGGCGGACCAUGCGGCGGUGCGCGAGAUGGUGCUGAGCAUCCGCAAGCUGAGCAUACCGGGCGUACCGAGCCUGGUGGACAGCGUGGUUCUCUUCAUCCUGUCGUCCUUGCCAGCUCUUGCUGUAAGCUCUACUGGAGGCCUCGUGACAAGCUGGUGGUAGGGUGAGCAUGGGAUGUUGCUUGCGCCUGCGCCUGCGCCUGAUGGGCCAAGCUCUGGUUGCGGGGCUCAGGCUGGUGUGAUGUCGUGUGUUGCAGGAGUGGAGGUACGGCGCCGCCGGGCGUAGUGACAUGCGCCGACUCAAUUGAGGCUGCCGCUGCUGCUGUCGACGUCCCGAGGAGCACCACUAGAUCCCGAGGUCAGCGAAACAGCUGCGGUCGGGGAAUGGGCUGCUGCUCGACUACUUGCCUGGUUUGGGAGCAAAUGGCAGUGUGUACGGGGUGCUUUGAGGGGCGAAGAGAAUGACAUGGGUUUGAGGGUAGCGUGCCGGGAUACAGCAGGUCCGGCGUGCUUUCCAAGGCAUCCGCUUGUCGAGUCGCCUGCGGUGAGACUUGUACAGGUACAGGAGGUCAAGCCGUGAUGUGAUAGACUAAUUUGGGUUGCGGGCCUGGGCAGCGCCCAGUGCAACUUUAUGUGGGAGCAAUAGCCGCGACAGGCCAGAGGUGCGCGGGAGUUGAUGUAACCGCCACACGGACGCGCACGUGUCCCUUGCUAGCUGUGGUGGUUACCGGUACGUACGCGGGUGGGGUACACCCCAUUGCAUUGGGGGCGUGGAGCUUUGUGGUACUCCAGCGCAAAGGCUGCUAUUGGGGCUCCCGGGGCUGCGGCGGCAUACAACGGGGUUCAAGAUGGGCACUUGCCGUCUACACUUGCCGUAUGCGUAUGUUGGUUCACGUGCUUGGUAGGGUCAUAUGUACCCGGAAUGCGCGGACACCGAGCGCCUCGCAGGAGGUACGAAUAGGCACAGCAUGUAUUGUGCUAGAGUCUGGG